UACAUAUAUAAGGUGUGAAAGAUGAGAACUAGCAACCAAAGUCCUUUCACUUUCCCUGUCUUUCAUAGUUUUGACUGUUUGGAAUCCCUGCGCUUGCUGAGGGAGGCACCGUUAAAGUUGAUUGACCAGGACUGCUCUGAUUUGCUGCUGACAGAAAGGGUUGGGAUGGGUUGUGACUUUUCUAAGUACACAGCAUGCUGCAUGGGUACAGAGGAGGAUGGUCAUCCGGCUCCUGAGGAUCAGGUUGACGGUGAAAACGAAGACAAUGCUGUUGAGGGCAUUGAGUUGCCACGGUUUCAUGAAUUCACCAUUGAUCAGCUUAGGAGGGCUACAUCAGGAUUUGCUGUUGAAAAUAUAGUUUCUGAACAUGGAGAAAAAGCUCCAAAUGUGGUCUAUAAAGGGAGACUUGAUAAUCAAAUGCGAAUUGCAGUCAAACGGUUCAACAGAAAUGCUUGGCCUGAAGCGCAGCCAUUUUUGGAGGAGGCCAGGGCUGUUGGUCAGCUGAGGAACCAACGACUGGUAAAUCUGCUUGGUUGUUGCUGUGAAGGUGACGAGAGGUUACUCGUUGCAGAAUAUAUGCCCAAUGAUACUUUGGCAAAACAUUUAUUCCAUUGGGAAAAUCAGCCCAUGCGAUGGGCAAUGCGAAUGAGAGUUGCAUUGUUCCUUGCCCAAGCUCUGGAGUACUGUACCAGCAAAGGACGUGCACUAUAUCAUGAUCUAAAUGCCUACAGAGUUCUUUAUGAUGAUGACUACAAUCCUAGACUUUCAUGCUUUGGUUUGAUGAAAAAUAGUCGAGAUGGAAAAAGUUAUAGUACGAAUUUGGCGUUUACUCCACCUGAAUAUCUCAGGACAGGCAGAGUCACUCCAGAGAGUGUAACUUAUAGCUUUGGCACACUUUUGCUUGACCUUCUCAGUGGAAAACAUAUUCCUCCAAGCCAUGCCCUUGACCUAAUUAGAGACAAGAACCUUCAGAUGCUAUCAGACUCUUGCUUAGAAGGGGAGCUUACAAAUGAUGAUGGGACUGAAUUAGUGCGUCUGGCCUCACUAUGUUUGCAAUCUGAACCACGAGAGCGUCCUAAUCCAAAGUCACUGGUUGCUGCUCUAAUACCUCUACAGAAGGAUUCUGAGGCUUCUUCUCAUGUACUGAUGGGUAUACCAGAUGGUGCAGCUACUUUUCCCCUUACACCUCUAGGAGAAGCUUGUCUACGAAUGGAUCUUACUGCUCUGCAUGAGGUGAUGGAGAAAAUGGGGUAUAAAGACGAUGAGGGUGCAGCAACUGAGCUUUCAUUCCAAAUGUGGACGAACCAGAUGCAGGAAACGUUGGACUCAAAGAAGAAAGGGGAUGCUGCUUUUCGGCAUAAGGAUUUUAAAACGGCAAUUGAUGGCUAUACGCAGUUCAUUGAUGUUGGAACAAUGGUUUCUCCAACGGUUUAUGCACGUCGUAGUUUAUGUUAUCUUAUGAGCAACAUGGCUGAUGAAGCACUUAAUGAUGCAAUGCAAGCCCAAGUAAUAUCACCCGUUUGGUAUAUUGCGUUUUAUUUACAAGCUGUUGCACUUUUAGCAAUGGGCAAGGAGAAUGAUGCCCAAAUGGCACUUAAAGAAGGUUCCUCUCUUGAAAGUAAAAGGAGCACAAAUUAAUGGAGUUCUUUGGCCAAACCUUGCUUUCUUGUUCGUGAAGAUAACUUGCAUAGAACAAGUGCUGGUUUCUCAAUGUUACAGGGCCCCCCAGUUCCUAAUCGGACAAAUUGUAUUGCAUGGAAUAGAGUGGUUUAUUAUACUUGUGCAUCACUGGUUCAUUGGUUGCCUAGAAGCAUUCUUUUGCACAGACUAGAGUCACCAGAGAUAUACACUAUCUAUUUGCAUUAGGGUUCUCUUUUUGUUGUUUAGUCAGCUAUGUCAGUAUAAAGAUGAUGAUGGGAAGAAUUUGAGGAACUUUUGGGAGAGAGUUGUGUUUGUAAAGGUAAGGUUCACCUGUCACUGUAUGUCAGCAUUUGUUGAGUAAACAGCAGAUGUUGUUGGUGUGCUUGUAAUUUAAUGUACAGAACAAUUGGUUAUGGCUACCGUGUCAACAUGAAAUAUGUUGUUUUUGUAUGUUAUAUUGAUAUUGAUUUUGCAUCUAAUAAAUUCUUUUAAUAUUA